CGUUAUUCUUGUGACAUGCACAUUGCUCAAUCACCCCUCAGACAUCGUGGCACGGUGGCACGCUGCGUGGAAGGAAACAGGAUUGUGUGUAAAUCAUCAUUACCACGUGAACGCGCGCCAGUAAUCACUCCCCCGGGGACACGCGCAGCAGCAGCCUCCGGACUCUAUAAAAGCCUCAAGUCACUGUUCAGGGAGCACGGACGAAGCUCGACCUUUCAGGUGUACCUAGCUGUCUAUCUAACAACCAUGAAGGCUGUAGCUCUCAUCCUUGCUCUGGCAGUCAUCACUGGCUGCAAUGCCCGUGCUGUGCCCCAGGCAGAUGUCCCCCAAAACCGCUGGGAAGACAUGGUGGAUCGUUUCUGGGAGCAUGUUUCUCAGCUGAACCAAAAAGCUGAUGGAGUCGUGGAUGACCUCAAAGCCUCUCAGCUCCGAAGGGAUCUAGACACUCUGAUCACUGACAGUAUGACAGAACUGUCAACCUACAGAGAUGACAUCCAGACCAAGCUGAGCCCCUAUGCUGAUCUCUCCUCUGGCCAGCUGUCUCAGGAUAUGCAGCUUCUGGCCAAUAAACUGCACCAGGACAUGCUGGAUGCCAAGGAGCGCAGCAUUGUGUACCUGGAUGAGCUCAAGGCAAUGAUGGGGCAGAACUCCGAUAAUGUCCGCAGCCACAUUAACACCUAUUCCAACAAGCUGAGGAAGCGCCUGGACAAGGACACAGAGGAGAUCCGCAACACUGUGGCCACCUACCUGGGUGAGGUUCAGUCCCGCACCUCCCAGAACCUGGAGGCUGUGAAGGAGCACGUUGAGCCCUACGUCCAGCAGGCCAGUGACAGCGCCACCAAGAAGCUGAGCGACCUCUCUUCCAUGCUGAAGAGCCAGGCUGAGGGUUUGAGCCAUCAGCUGGAGACCCAGGCUGAGGGUAUCAAGACCCAGCUGGAGUCCACAGCUCAGGACCUGCGCACCUCCCUGGAGGGCAAGAUCGAUGAGCUCACCGAGCUGCUCUCCCCCAUUGCCACCAAAUUCCGUGAACAGAUUGAGAAAAUCAUGGAAAAGGUCAAGGAGACCACCUCUGCCUGAAGACAGACUCUGAGGGGUUUUUAAGGUCUGUAGAGGGGAAGGAAAAACAUAAACCACAGAUUUCUUUAUACCCUGUAAAAGAGGGGCAAGGGGGAGUUGAGAGCUCCUUUGGGUGCUUGUGUUCAGGACUAGAGAGGUGAUAAGAGGAAGGAGAGAGGCUGAGAUGCACCUUUUACAGAACAGUUAGCAGAAAAACAUCUGCUUGAGUUCUUCCUUCAGCAUAGUCACCCUCUCUUCUUCUUUUAUCACUUCCCUUGCUGACUGAACACAUGCACUGCAAUCAAGAGUAGCCUUUAAUACACAAACAACUAUUUGUAUAAUGCUUUGUCUUUCUACUUUGAAUUCACCGAUAGCUGUCUGCUCCGCACCCAAGUUUUGUAUUGAGUUUUCUACAUUUUGGUUGGUUGUAUAUAUAGCUGAUGAGUUUGAACACACCAGGCAGUGAUUGCAGCCUGUGUCCUCCUUACAUGCACCAAACACAAGUGUCUUUCAUUUCAGUUGCACUGAAUGGUGAUUACAAGAUGGGGGCACAUACUAUAAUGUGUCUGAGUUUUUCUAGAUGUGAUACACAACCACUAAAGUGCCUUUCUGAAUUGUCUGCAUUUCUUGUUGCUGUGCUUCAUAGAGAAGUGGAAUGUAAAAUGACUUGCUGCAAAAAUGACAAUCAGUGAGUAACAUGCAAUGCUGCCUACCUGUUCUCCAGUUUGAGUGUAGUGUCCCUUGUGUUUCACAUGUCAUAUGCCCACCAUGCUGCUCACUGUAAGUGCACUGCCUGUCUCUGCUGUGUGCUGAACAGUGCUAGUGAAUAAAGAACUUAAAAAGAU